AAGAAGAAGAAGAGGUUGUAUAGAAUUUAUGAGGUUAAGUAGGAUUUAGGAGGUUAAGGGGGUUGAGUAGGAUUAAGGAGGAUAUUAAAGAGGUUUGAGAAUUGCAGAGUUUGAGGAGCUUGAGAAUAUUUGAAAAGGGUUCAAAUCUAAUAGGUUUGAGGAGGUUGAGCAGGAUUACGAAGGACCAGGAGUUUGAAUAGAAUUGAGGAGGUUGGGUUAUGUUCUUUCACUCUAGGUUUGUUUCAGGUUUGUGCACAGGAACACUGUUUCAUCAUUUUCACACCGGUAUUUCUGUGACUGGUCUCUUAAAGUUCUUGAAACAUGUUUGAAACCCAGAUAAGUAAAUAAAUGACGUGUGUUUGUUUGUUACGGCGUGGAGAGGUUUGAUGUAUAGAAUUGGGGACGGUCCACGCUGAUGUUAUAUCCGCCUUCGUUAUCUGAAAGUUCUGAAGGUUCACGUGACGUCACGGUCCACAAUGCGCGUGGUCCGGGCUGCCGACGUGGCGCGCGAGCUUUCCGGCUGGGCGGAAACUGGAUGCGCGCGCCGUCGGAGACACCGAGCACGAUGUCACAAAACCAUGCAGUGGACGACACUGCCAUGCCCACAAACCCUCCUGUUUCCAAAAUGCCUUCAGAUGAACACACUCCUGUAGUAGACAAAACAGACAAGCCUUCUUCCAUUCCGUCACUCUCCCUGGAGGCCACAGAGCAAGAGCCGCCCAAUGAGGGUGCAGAAGAACGUCCUCCCGUCAGUCAGGUCCCAGAGCCACCACAGGAGCACUCUGAGGAGCACGGCUGUGAUCAGGUGACCGAAUGCAGUGAAACGGUGAGCUUGGAGCCAGAGGUUGCAGAAGGGGAUAUGAACACCUCAGAGGAACCGGCUAAAGGUUGGGGUGGUUGGGGAACCUGGGGGAAGUCUUUGUUGACAUCAGCGACCUCAACAGUAGGUCAGAGUUUAAGCUCAGUUCGGGAGAAAGCGGGUGUGGCCUUGCGGAUUCACAGCACAUCAUCAUGUGAGGAAGCCCUCGAGGUUGAAGAACAUCAUGAGGGGGAGGAGGAGGAGGACUCAACAGCUCAGCCCAUUAGCCCAACCAACAGAGGAGUGUUUUCCUCCAUCACCAGUGCUGUGCAAACUACGGGGAAGUCGGUUCUGACUGGAGGACUCGACGCGCUGGAGUUCAUCGGCAGGAAGACGAUGACGGUGUUGGCUGAGAGCGACCCGGGCUUUAAGAAGACCAAAAUCCUCAUGCAGAAGACCGUCUCGCUCUCGCAGAUGCUGAAGGAAGCCAAAGAGAAGGCACGCGAGAAGCUGAGCACCCAGACGGUGUGUGAACCCACGGCUCACUACGGCAUCCUGUUUGAUGAUUACCAAGGUCUGUCUCACCUGGAAGCUCUGGAGAUCCUGAGCAAUGAGAGUGAGGGGAGGAUUCAGGACGUUCUUUCUUCCCUUGAUGGUGAGCAGUUGGAGUUUCUGAAGAAGGAGCUGAUUGAGAUCAAGGAGAUCUUUCAGGAAGAAGAGGAGAUGGAGGAGACAGAGGAGACGGGUUCCGGGGGAAACGGUGAUCUUUAUUCCCAAAUUCGCUCUUCCAGCCCCCUCUCUGCAGAUGGGGAGGAGUUUGUCAGUGUUCUCACAGAGCUGUUGUUUGAACUGCAUGUUGCUGCAACCCCGGAUAAACUGAACAAGGCCCGUUUGAAGGCCUAUGAUUGGAUAAGAGAGGUGGAGAACCAAGUUACCGAGGAGGAACCUGAAGUAGUGAAGGGGAACUCGGAGUCGCCCCCUGCAGCACCUGAGGGUGAAGGUGAAAAACAAGAAGAGGGCGCUGAAGAAUUGGAGACAAAAACAGAGCAAAGCAAGACAGACAAGGUUGAGAAUGUGUAUGAGUGUUCUAUAGGGAGUCUCGCGGAGGUCACAGCUCGGAGUAUUGAGCAGCUCCAUAAAGUGGCUGAACUCAUCCUGCACGGACAAGACAUCGAAAAACCAGCAAGCCAGCAGGCCAAGAUUCUUUCCAGGCUGACCUGCGCCAUGUGUAAGGAGGUCGGCUGUCUGGCUCGCAGAUUCAGAGAUACACUCGUGGCUGUAGGGAGUCAGAGAAAAGCAGAAGAGUUGAAUCCUCUGGUGAACAGCGUGAUGUUGGAGGGCAAUAACAGCACAACCUACAUCCACAAUGCAUUCCAGCUUCUCCUGCCAGUUCUGCAGGUCUCCCACAUCCAGAGCAACAGAACCCUGGCAAGACCCGAGACGGAUUCGGAUCCAGACCCGGCUCCAGCUCCGUCAGAUCGGCCCACUCAGCCUGAGUGUUGAUCGUGUGAGAGUUUCCUUCCUACGACUGUCCGCAAAGCAAAGUGCAAUACACCGCAAACACUCGGUAUAAAAAACACAAUUCUGUGAUAAGUUAUUUUAAAACACUUGUGCCGGUGAAGAGAUUCAUGUAAGUAAAGACCAAAAGCGUUCCUGUCGCUAUAGUAACCUAUAACCUAUGACUGAAAACAUUUUCAAUUUGUUAUUUAAAAAAAAAGAAAAAAGCGUGACGUACGAUACCUCAAAACCAAUUACGGGAAGAGUCUUCAGUGUCAGCGUUUUGACGAGUCAGCGGUUUUUCCGCCAUGAGAAAAUCUUCAGUGUGUUUUUUCAAUUUAUUAAAACGUGCGUUUGAAAAGAUAAAACUUACACAUGAUGAAUUUAAUUGGUGACCAAACAUCUGACGAGGGGUUUAAGGGUCUAGAGAGUUUCACGGCUAGCUUCAGCUUCAUAUGCUGUAUACCCAAAAGUAUUUGGACACCUGAGAUUUCCACCAAUAAGCAGAUCUUCCUCAAGCUGUUCCACCAGUUUAUCGAGACACACACUUGUAUAAGAAUAAAACUUUCCCUCCAUUUGAACUAGAAGACCCAAAACUGUUCCAGAAUGACAAUGCUAUUAAGAUAUGCUUUCCAUGGGUUGGAUGAUCUCCUGCUAUAGAGCUCUGAAGCAUCUCAGGAACGUCUUCACCUCACUUACAUCAGCUACAGGCUUCUCUAACACCCAUGUGAACGAGCACAAAUCUCCACAAAAUUUAGAGGAACAUCUGCCCAGAGGAAGCAGGGAUUACUGUAAGAGCAAAUCGAAUGCUCAGGUGUCCACAAACUUUUGGUUGUAUUGUGUAGCUAUGAUUUAAAAACGCAUCAGUAAAGAACGCUUGAGUUUCACCUGCUUUUCACUGUAACUCAAAUUCUGGUUUAUUUCUGAGAACAUCGUUCACAAAAAAAAAAAAAACGGGACUUGGAUGUUGCGUCUCGAAUAAAUCCACUGAACCACACGUCUAAUUGUGUGUGUGUGUGUGUGUGUGUGUGUGUGUGUGUGUGUGUGUGUGUGUGUUUAAUGUGCACUACGUGGCUGUUGCUUUCCUGAGAAUGAUUUACACACUCAAUAUUAAUAAAAUACAAUGUUCAGACAUGAAA